GCUGUUAUUUAAUAGCAUUGCAUGUGACACAAUAAGGAUACAAAUGUAAAAUGAUAUCUACCCACUUACAUCAACAGCUAGCUAGACAUCUAUAUAGUAAGUUGCUGAGUCUUUCAAUAUUAUCUUGAUCUGAAGCAGCAGUAUGUUAUCAACAAGUGUUGCUCUUAUACUUAUUCUACUGUUGUGCUCUGAGUCUCAUGGUUCAGGAACAACAGCGUGCAAUAACCUUUCAGAGCUUUGUGAGCUGAGAUUCAACCAAGUCAGCUUUGUUGGUACUCAUAAUUCUGGGUCUGGCUUUGAUGGUCGUCUACGAAGAUGUGACGGUGAAAUGGUAGAUAGUUGCAUAUGGCGGAACCAAGACCUGAACAUUACUGCACAAUUGAACUUGGGAGUUCGAUUCCUUGAAAUUGAUUUAUGUCUGUUACAAGAAGACUGUAAUUCUACUGUAUACGGUGAUACAGGAAACUCGUCUCUAUUCACAUGCUAUGCAAGGCACAAUGUCUUUUCAUAUGCCGGUCCUGUUGCAAGACUUUUCCAGCAAGUAAACGACUGGAUGAUUUGCAACCCACAAGAAGUGAUUGGACUUUACUUUCCUAAUGAAGUUCCUGAUGGACAAAAAACAGAGAUUAUCUCGGAGCUAAAAAUUAUUCUUGAAAGAAUGUGGUUUCAUAGUAACAAAAACACGUCUGGUGACUCGUCGGUGUACAUGAGUACACACUAUAACACUCAAGGAGAGUGGCCAACCCUUUCUCAAGCAAUAUUGUCAAAUGAACGAAUUUUUGUUUUUAUAGAUUCCAACUUGACGAGUGGUGAACAUACAUCAGGCAUGCUCUGGAAUCAUCCCUCCAUUUUCUCAACUUACAUUAAGCCUAAUCAAGAUAAUAAUGAAUGUAAUGAUCGUCUUCUCGACUUGGCUGAUCGUUGCAAUACAACUGAAGAUAUUUUGAUAGAAGCUGGAGUUACUCUUGGUAUUUGCAUUUUCACAGGUCAGGAUAACUGUAACGUUAUUCUUCCAAAUGCCACAUUGAAAUGCUACAACCGACGAAUUGGGAAAACAGUUAAUGUUGUCGCAGUUGACUUUCCUGAACUAGGCACUUCAACUGUUUUUGAUAUUGUGGCUCUACUGAACCGAAACAACAUUGAUAUGUACAGACCCUCACCAGUAGUAACUGCUACAACUUCUUUAGAAACAUUAUCAACAUUGGCUUCUUUCAACAUUACGUACAGAUCCUCACCAGUAACUGCUACAACUUUAGAAUCAACGUCAACAUUGGCUUCCUCCGCUGCUUUCAACAUAUUAUCUUUCAAAUUGAUGAGCAUUGUCUGUUUAGUGUUUUUCCUUUCCUAUUCGUAACUGUGAGUCUGCGUUCUUGUAAUAAUUAUGUAUACAUGUAGAUAUUAAUUUUAUUUAGCUGUGUCCACUACUUUAAUUCUUGAUCUCGUUCUAUACUAAUGUCAGACUCAUAUCUCAGAUACUAUUAUCUAUAGCUCUAAGUGAGUGAGUCAGUUUGGAGUGCCACGUUACAGCUGGAUGAGUCAUCGAAAUACCAGCUUGUUUUGAAGCAAAAUUAGAUCGUGAAUCAGCUUGUGUCGGAAUUGCGAGUAAAAGCGAAAAGUAUUGCAGAGGUAUUUUCUAUCUAUACUAUGCCUCCUACCCAUAUUUGUGGAGGUUCAAAUCGUUAGCUUAAAUUAGAUCUGCUGAAGAUAGCUGAACGAGCAAAAAAUUUGCUGGACGUCUCAGUAGCUAGACAUGCUAGAGAUCUAUAUGCAGUUUUAUGUUGCUGAUCAAUAGGCCAAUAGGCCCUGAUAAAUUAUUCUUUUUUCCCCCCAUUCUACAAAAUUACGCUCUGUGUGUGUGUGGGUAGAGUGUUACAACUGCUCAAGGAUCGAUCGAUGAAGUGCAAGUAAGAAUUCUAUAGACUUCUAGUCAGGAUCGCAAAUUGUGGAUGCAAAAUAAUGCUUUGUUAUAGGCCACUUUUAGUUGCCAUACAUGUUUCAAAUCAUACAUGUUUCAAAUCAACCUCCCUCCUACUUUUACUUGCCCCUAAAUUUAGUCAUUAUAUUUAUAUAUUGCUGAUGUCAGCCAUUAUUUGAGGUCAAAGUUGUGUUUUUUUGCUGAAUAAUACAGAUAUUCUAUGUGCUUCAAUUGAUACACUUAGGGCCCGAGACAAUCAGAGGAGUACCGUAAUUGAUGUAAUUACAGCACCACUCUAAUUAUACAAAAUUCGAAAUUUUCGACCAUAUAUAGCACCCUAUAAAUUCAUUUGUUUUAUGUACGUAUAGUAUCACAAAAUAAAUUGUUUUUCUGCCGCUGUAAUUACAUCAAUUACAGUGCAUAUACCUGUGGUAAAUGACAUCAGACAUCAGGAAUAAUGAAGGCCUCCCUCCCCCAUUAGAGUCCAGCUUGCAUUAAUAUCAUCUGAAACAUGUUAGCAACAAUGAAUGUCCUUGACAUUGUGACAGUGCAUGCAUAGCAAAAUUAGUAUACCAUGAUACUCUACUUAGUAGUUAGCUCUGCACUAUAACGCUAACUAUUGGUAUAGCUGCAAAAGUGAAGGAAGAGCGUAAGCUGCACUGUUUCAUGAGAAUGUGGCAGCCAUUAAUUAUGGACUUCGAAUCCUUUUAGCAACAAUCAUUGUCGAUUAUUUCACACUUUUUUGCAAAUGUAAAUUGUACUAUACAUGUGUGUAUUGAACCAUGAAUGGUUUCAAAACAGUUAGUCCCCCCCUUCUUACUUCAAAACCAGAGUCUUACGCAAAACGGGGGGGGGGGGGUUAGUUUCUCAAAGUCCAAUUCACUGAAAGUUGGUCUGUUGCCUAAGGUGUUUAUGGUCAUCAAUGAGGGAUGUGUAGGUAACAUGUACAUCUGGGAAUUAGAGUAAUGCAUAAGGGAAUUCAUUUGCAUAUAUAGAUGUGAGACUCUGUGAAGUCUGGCAGACCCGCAGAUUCUAGAAUCAAUGAAUAUUGUAAUUCAGUGUGGGUAUUCCCGCUUGUUUACUCUGAUUGUUAUUCAUAGCAUUGCAUGUGACACCAUACAAAUGUAAUAUGAUAUCUAGUUUGUGCAUCUAGCUAGCUAUAGUUGCUGAGACUUUGAGAUCAUCCCUAAAGCAGUAUGUUUUCAACAAGUGUUGCUCUUAUUAUUCUACUGUUGUGCUCUGAGCAUGGUUCAGGAACAAUGGCGUGCAACAACCUUUCCGAGCUUUGUGAGCUGAGAUUCAACCAAGUCAGCUUUGUUGGUACUCAUAAUUCUGGGUCUGGCUUUGAUGGUCGUCUACGAAGAUGUGACGGUGAAAUGGUAGGUAGUUGCAUAUGGCGGAACCAAGACCUGAACAUUACUGCACAAUUGAACUUGGGAGUUCGAUUCCUUGAAAUUGAUUUAUGUCUGUUACAAGAAGACUGUAAUUCUACUGUAUACGGUGAUACAGGAAACUCGUCUCUAUUCACAUGCUAUGCAAGGCACAAUGUCUUUUCAUAUGCCGGUCCUGUUGUAAGACUUUUCCAGCAAGUAAACGACUGGAUGAUUUGCAACCCACAAGAAGUAAUUGGACUUUACUUUCCAAAUGAAGCUCCUGAUGGACAAAAAACAGAGAUUAUCUCGGAGCUAAAAAUUAUUCUUGAAAGAAUGUGGUUUCAUAGUAACAAAAACACGUCUGGUGACUCGUCGGUGUACAUGAGUACACACUAUAACACUCAAGGAGAGUGGCCAACCCUUUCUCAAGCAAUAUCGUCAAAUGAACGAAUUUUUGUUUUUAUAGAUUCCAACUUGACGAGUGGUGAACAUACAUCAGGCAUGCUCUGGAAUCAUCCCUCCAUUUUCUCAACUUACAUGAAACCUAAUCAAGAUAAUAAUGAAUGUAAAGAUCGUCUUCUCGACUUGGCUGAUCGUUGCAAUGCAACUGAAGAUAUUUUGAUAGAAGCUGGAGUUACUCUUGGUAUUUGCAUUUUCACAGGUCAGGAUAACUGUAAUGUUAUUCUUCCAAAUGCCACAUUGAAAUGCUACAACCGACGAAUUGGGAAAACAGUUAAUGUUGUCGCAGUUGACUUUCCUGAACUAGGCACUUCAACUGUUUUUGAUGUUGUGGCUUUGCUGAACCAAAACAACAUUGAUAUGUACGGAUCCUCACCAGUAACUGCUACAACUUCUUUAGAAACAAUGACUUCCUCUGCUGCUUUCAACAUAUUAUCGUUUGGAUUGAUGAGCAUUAUCUGUUUAGUGUUUGGUUUUCUUUUCUAUUUGUAACUGUGAGUCAGAGUCUGCGUUCUUGUAAUAAUUAUGUAUAGACAUCUACAACAUAAUUUUUUUUAGCUAUUCUAAGGCUCCACUAUUAAUGUCUCAACAACUUAUUAAUCCUUGAUCUCUA